AUGAAUUUAAUAAAAAAGUUUAGCCGGAUGUUGGAUAGUAUACCCCACGAUCAAGCUUUCACGCAAUUGAUAAUUGAUCAAAUCAUUACUUACUACGAAAAGUGCUGCGGCUGGUAUAAGGCUCUUAUGACUCGGAUAUCACCUAACCAUCCUGGUGGUAUAGCCCUAAAAACUUCAGCGGCAUUUGCGGAGUCCCAGGAUAUCCGCGAAGUGGGACGAAAGCUAUGGGAAUGCUCUGCUAGUGAGAAACAGUCGUUAAUCAACAGGGAAAUAGAGCUUCUUAUCUCUGCAACCAAUGAAACCUCACUGAAAGGUUAUGACAUGGUAGCUGAUCCAAAGAUAGUUGGUUCAUUGUCACUGCUCUAUAAUAGCAUGAACUGGCUAUCGAGUAACCUGUCCAAACUACGCCACAUCACUCCCCAUCAAACAGAUUCGAGCCAUAUCCAAUCCAGACAAGUAGCGCCUACUCGACGUUGGACUCUAGAGGCGGCGAUGAGACCGAAACGCGGUGAUGUCGAACGCCCUCUUCGUCUUCCUAUGACUAAAGAGUCCGUUGUGGGUUUCGAUGGUGCUAUUACAUCAAUUCAAAACCUAGCCUUUACAGCCAUUUUCACCUUACACCUCGAUAUUCGAUGUGGAUCAAUAUACAUGAUAUCCCGAGCAUUGAAAGGCAAAAAUGAUGGACAGCCACAGGAGCCGAACCGGAAUUCCUCAACCGAAAACAACUGGUCUUAUAUAUUAACGGUCGAACCAACAUCUGCUUCGCCUAUCGUGCUUGAAUUAAACAACGAUCUUAUUUCAUUUGGUGCUAGAAUGUCAAACUAUCUAGGACCAAAUGAAUGCCGAUAUAUCACAUCUUGCCUUUCAAGACUCAUAGACCGUGCACUGGUAUCUAGCACUCGUUUUAUUGGUGCAAUGAAUAGUUACGGAGCUUUGAGACUUCAGCUUGAUGUCCUUGUGCUUCAACAGAAUCUGAAGAAUAUCAUCGUUGUUUCCCCUGCCCCAGUAUCAUCCAAGAGCAGCCUAUCGUUGGACAAAGACGUUGCUGCUUCUAUGCCCGAAGUAGUUGCGCUCCCGCAAAGCGCCAAGUUCUUGGACUGGUUCCUUGAAGGUCCAGGCAAGACACUACGAAAUGCAAAGGAAGAAAGAGAUAUGUUUAAGGAGAUGGGCAGCCAAGUCUUGACGGAAGGCAACGGGGAGCCGUUUACAUUUGAUGAGUUGAGGGUGCUGAUUGAGCUAUGUUACUCUGCUGCACUUAAAGGUCCUCAGGGACCUGAGGCGAGAGAAGAGUUCAUGGCAGCUAAGCGUGGGCUUGACGAUUCAUUGCUAAGAUUGAGUGAAGUUAUGUGGGAUGCUUAA